AUGUCGAAGACGCUGGUGCAGCCUGUAGGGCAAAAGAGGUUGACGAAUGUUGCAGUGGUUCGUCUGAAAAAGCAAGGCAACCGCUUCGAGAUCGCUUGCUACAAGAAUAAGGUCCUUUCAUGGCGGUCCGGCGUGGAGAAGGACAUAGAUGAAGUGCUGCAAUCACAUACGGUUUAUUCAAAUGUUUCGAAAGGAGUUCUUGCCAAAUCCAAAGACUUGAUGAAGGCAUUCGGAUCAGAGGAUCAUACGGAAAUAUGCAUGCAGAUUUUGGACAAAGGAGAGCUUCAAGUUGCUGGAAAAGAGAGAGAAUCACAGUUCUCAAGCCAGUUUCGGGAUAUUGCAACAAUCGUUAUGCAGAAAACCAUCAACCCUGAAACCCAACGGCCUUAUACCAUCAGCAUGGUUGAGCGCCUCAUGCAUGAAAUUCAUUUUGCUGUUGAUCCUCACAGCAAUUCCAAGAAGCAGGCCCUUGAUAUCAUCCGUGAGCUGCAAAAGCACUUCCCUAUAAAGCGUUCUCCAAUGAGACUGCGCCUCACCGUUCCUGUCCAAAACUUCCCUUCGCUUCUGGAAAAGCUAAAAGAAUGGGAUGCUUGUGUUGUCUCCAAAGACGAAUCUGGAACCCAGAUGUCCACUGUCUGUGAAAUAGAACCAGGCCUUUACCGGGAGUGUGAUUCCCUCGUGAGGAAGAUGCAGGGAAGACUAGAAAUACUCGCUGCGUCAGUUCAUGCAGAAGGUGACACAAGCAUGGAUCAUUACAAUGAGCAUGAUGAUAUGGCAUUACAGACCAUGAAACCAUUACUACCUGCUGGGAGUGAGACCACCGAGGAUUUGAGUGAUCCCGUGAUUGAACUUAGCAAGAAAAUGCAGAAGCAAGAGAUUGGUACAGGUAACAGAAAGCAAGAAGGAGGAGAAUUAAAAGAGACCAAGUGUAGCACUUGCAACACGUUUGUUGGGGAGGCUAAGCAGUACAGAGAGCACUGCAAGAGUGACUGGCACAAACACAACCUGAAACGUAAGACCCGUAAACUCCCUCCGCUUACUGCAGAAGAAUGCUUGGGUGAGAUAGACAUGGACGACUCUAAAGCAGAUUUGAAAGACUACUCUUUCUAA